AGCCUACUGUACAUUGAAAACGAUAGAUCAUUGAUUAUAACAUAGGCACGAUACGCCGUCAUGCGCAAAAGGUGCCAGAAAUGAAGAGGACCCAGUUGCGGAGGAGGCGAGCACCAUAGGGAGCACCGUUGAAAGGAUCACGGAUGUGCAGAUUAAAUAAGUGGCAAAAACAUUCUCAUUUGUCAAAAAUGGCCAAAAACACAUCCCUAUAUUUCCGUAUUGUAGAGGGCAGGAGCCUUCCAGUCAAAGACGUCUCUGGGACCAGUGACCCAUACUGCAUUGUAAAAGUUGACAAUGAAGUUGUGGCCAGGACAGCCACAGUGUGGAAGAACCUCAACCCUUUCUGGGGAGAAGAAUACACACUGCAUCUCCCGACGGGGUUCCACUCGCUCUCCUUCUAUGUCAUGGAUGAGGACACCAUUGGCCAUGAUGACAUCAUUGGAAAGAUAUCUCUGAGCAAAGACACCAUCGGGGCCAAGGUUAAAGGGCUGGAUAACUGGCUGAAUCUGACCCGGGUGGACCCGGAUGAGGAGGUGCAGGGGGAGAUCCACUUUGGUCUGGAGCUUCUCAGAGAUGCCAAAGGUAUAGGACUACGAUGCCAUUUCAUAGAGGCCAGAGACUUGGCACCAAGAGACAUUUCUGGAACCUCUGAUCCCUUUGCCAGAAUCCUCUUCAAUAACCACAGUGCAGAGACUUCGAUCAUUAAAAAGACUCGUUACCCACACUGGGGUGAGACCCUGGAGUUGGAGCUUGAGACAGAGGAGCUGUCUGAGGGAGGGACUGUCACAGUGGAGGUCUGGGACUGGGACAUGGUGGGCAAAAAUGACUUCCUGGGAAAGGUGGAAAUCCCUUUUGCUUGCCUGCAUAAGACACCUCUGGUACAGGGUUGGUUUCGUCUGCUGCCCCUGGGAAACAAUGAGGAUGAUGCUGGAGGUAAGCUGGGUGCGCUGCGACUGAAGGUGCGUCUGGUGGAGGACCAUAUUCUUCCCUCCACGUACUACCAGCCUCUUAUUGACCUGCUGGUGCAGUCAGUCAUCUCUCCUGCUGAGGUGGAGGACGGCAGCCCCCUGACCAUGCUGGAGGAGGUGACCACAGUGGAGAGCCGGCAGGACGUGGCCAUGACCCUGGUCAAGAUCUACCUGGGGCAGGGCCUGGUGGUGCCCUUUCUGGACUACCUAAACACCCGCGAGGUCAACCACACCUUGGAUCCAAACACCCUGUUCCGGUCCAACUCUCUAGCUUCUAAGGCCAUGGAACAGUUCAUGAAGGCUGUGGGGAUGCUGUACCUUCAUGAGGUCCUGAAGCCCAUCAUUAACCGCAUCUUUGAGGAGAAGAAGUACAUUGAGUUGGACCCGUGUAAAAUUGACCUGAACAGAACCAGGCGUAUCUCAUUUAAAGGUGCGGUGUCUGAGGCUGAGGUGAGGGAGAGCAGUGUGGAGAUGCUGCAGGGCUAUCUGUCUAACAUCGUGGAGUCCAUCAUUGGGUCAGUUACCCAGUGUCCACCUGUCAUGAGGGUGGCCUUCAAACAGCUGCACAAGAGGGUGGAGGAGCAGUUCCCUGAGCCAGAGAAUGAGGAUGUGAAGUAUCUGGCCAUCAGUGGGUUUUUCUUCCUGCGUUUCCUGGCCCCUGCUAUCCUCACACCCAAGCUCUUUCACCUGAGGGACCAGCAUGCAGAUACACGCACCAGCAGGACACUGUUACUACUGGCCAAGGCAGUGCAGAGUGUGGGGAACCUGGGUUUGCAGCUGGGCCACGGUAAGGAGCUGUGGAUGGAGCCCUUGCAUCCCAUCAUCCUUUAUAGCGUGGCCUCUGUUAAAGACUUCCUGGACAAGCUCAUCGACAUUGAUAGCGUGUCAGAGGUGCCCCAGAGGGCUGUGUUCCUGCCCUCAGUGACAGUGAAGGAGGGCUAUCUCCAGAAGCACAAGGCCGAAAGCCCCCAGCUCCUGUCCCGCUUUUCCUUCAAGAAGCGAUACUUCUGGCUGAGCAGUGAGACACUGUCCUACGCCAAGACCCCGGAUCCCUGGCAGGUGCGCUCCUCCAUCCCCAUCCAGUGUGUGUGUGCUGUGGAGAGAGUGGAUGAGAAUGCCUUCCAACAGCAGCAUGUGUUGCAGGUCGUCACCCAGGACAACGAUGGACAGAUGCACACCAUCUAUACCCAGUGCAAGAAUGUGAAUGAGUUGAACCAGUGGCUGUCAGCCAUCAGGAAGGCCAGUAUCUACAACAGGCGCAUGCUGCCCUCCUUCCACCCAGGGGCGUAUCGAAGUGGCAAGUGGACCUGCUGCCUACAGGCUGACCGCGCAACUUCAGGUUGCAGUCGCACUCACUCUGCAGUGACUCUGGGCGACUGGAGUGACCCAUUAGAUCCAGACGCAGAGACCCAGACCAUCUACAAACAGCUUCUUCAGGGAAGAGACAAGCUCAGGAAACAGUAUGUGGAGGUGGAGGCUGAGAUGACCACAGAGGAAGAGAAUAGAGUGAACUCUGGGCUGCUCCCUGAUGGAGCAGACUGUAGUGUGGAGCUCCUGAAGCACAGGCAGGCUGCAGCGGUUCGGCUACUUGGAGUGGUUCUGGAUCUGGAGCAGGCCCAUGCCACCUUCCAGCGACAGGAAAGAGUGGAGGCUGGUAGCCUCAUCCUCACCCCCUAGAUUGGCCAUUCCCUGGAGCCUGAGCCCGGGUCUGAAGGGGAGAGCAGCGUCCUGUAUCAGACUCAAUGGAGUAGGAAAACUAAGUGACCACAGAAGGAAGGCAGCCUCUCCCUGCUCCCUGUCAUGUUGUCUGUUACAUGUGAUGUCUAGAGGAACUCUCUUCUCAUCCAGAUCACUUCUUCAUAAGCCAGAAUGAAGAGGAUACCCAUUCUGUAACAUCUUUUUCCUGGGACGUUUGAUAUCACACACACAGGUUUUCAGCUGUGGCAGAGAAGUUAUCUAGUGAAAUAACUGAUUGCCACAGGUUUUGCAUUCAGAUGAACUGCCACAUAAACUUCUGCUACUCUCCCAAAGCUUGGGUUCUUAUCGAUUGAGCAGGACACAAACUGUUAUGUGGAACUGAGCUGAAGCAGGGGCACGCAUGGAGUGUGUCAUUCCGUGGUACUGCAUUAUUGUAUGGCUAUCAAGGAAUGCAGUGCAUGCCCUGCAUCCAGCGUCUGUGAAAUGUGAAGAAUUUUGUUUAUAUUCAAAUCAUUAUAUGGGUCGUUCCAGCAAUUCGGUGCCUUUUAUGAAGUGGUAAAAAAAGUAAAAAUACUUUGGAUUUUAGCAUUCUGUCAUAAAGAGCACACGUUUUCCCAUCUCAAGAGGUUCAAUUAAAACAAUUACUAUAGUAAGUGCCUUUUAAAUGUCAAAUAAAGUAACAGGGUUGACCACAACAGGGUUGCGAAUUUCAUCUUAAAAUCAGCCAUAAAUCCCCUUUUGACAGAGGGAAUGGAACAGGGAGUGGCAAUUGAAUGCAGGCUUCCCAUUUGUAUGUAUUUGUUGUUACAACAUUUCUAGCCUGUCUAUGGGUAACACUAAUAAAUAAUAAUCUUCAGAAAUUACUUUUUCAGAGCAACAAUA